AGAAAAGUCAUUGAAACCAACCUUCAUGCAGCAAAAAUUCACACUAAAGUUGUUGUCAAAAUAAAAUGUUAAAUAAAGUACUUUUGAUAAUUGAAACCGGCUUCAGAAAAAUUAUUAAUAAUAAAAUAAAUUAAAAUCUGUGUUAACGAAGUUGAAAAAUGUUUCGUUCGGCCAAAAGUAAAUUCGAUUUAGGCGAAUUAACACGAAAAAUAAAGCGAACAGUUGACGGAAGUAUUUCCUAUAGAAAAUUAUUUAUUCUUCUCCUAUGUUUAGCCGUGUUUUUUUAUAUUGUGCCACCUGUAUUUAGAUAUCUGUUUAGCAGCAAACCCCAAGCAAAAGAUCCUCUUGUGCGAUGCAUGGACGACCGCUUGACACCAUUCUUUAUACAGAACUUGGAGUACAAUGCAAAUAUUCGACAUGUUCCCUUCUUACCGGAAGAAAACAAUUUUAUUCCUUACAUUGGAAAUGGUUACUUCGGGGUGGAAGUAUCCAAUGAUGCGUCAUUGAGAAUCAAAUCAGGACGAUCGAUGCAAUUGCCUGUCCCUCUGUAUCCCAUAAUCUCAUUGUCUCCAACGAAUGGGUUAUUUAGAGAGUCCACUGUUGUAGAAUAUCAAAGUGGAAUUGUUCAUAGAUUUCAAUGCUUCCAAGACUAUUUCGGUUCUUACAAAUACUACGCCCACAGAACGUUUCCUGAGAUCUUAGUCCAAGAGAUACAAAUCACAAACACUCGUAAUCAAAUAUUCGAUGUUGACAUGGUACUACCUCGUUCGAGUUUCCAAUCACCAGUGUCCAGAGUAGUCAGCAUCAAAUCAGCUCGAGACUCUUCAGCUACUGAAUACGACGUGAUGAGUGCAUCGAUUCCUUUAAAGGACAAGAAUAACAAUAUAAUUGUUGUUUCCAUAGUCCACAAGAAAAUAUCACCUCAGUUGACACUCAAGAAACGAGGUGUCACAAAGUUAGACCUGCUCAUGGCAAUUCACUACACAAAUCCUAUUCCUAGUAAUAAAUUUGCUGAUGUUAGAGAUGAAAACGAGAAGCUAGCGAUUGCUUCGAUGACAAUGGCUUCACAGAAAGUUGAAGCGGGAGCUGAUUCUCUAGUUGCGUAUAAUGAAUUUCGGAAGCAACACAUUCGGGUUUGGAAUGAUUUGUGGGCGACUGGAUUUUCAAUUAGUACAUCAAAAGCUGAAAAUAGUAUAAAUGGCGAUCGAAUUAAUGCCACCAUUUAUGCUGUAUUGUCGCAGGUUCGAAGCUAUGAACUUGAAGAGAUUGUGUCACAGCAAAGGAAGCAGGACAUAGCCAAGGCUCUGUCGUAUGCUGAGGGUUGCUAUGAUAGUUAUCAUACUUUGCAGGCAGAGAAUCUGUGGCUAAGAAUGGAUAGUAUUGAAAAUCUCAAUAGUUUAGUUUCCUCAUGGAUGCUUACUUUAGAAAAACAGGGUUGUCAUAAUCUCAUUCGAGCUGGUGCCAGUGGUGUCAUUCAAGCCAUGGUGCUAAGUUUUGGAAGUCUUCGUUUUAGCAAUCAACAUUUAGAAUUUAACAUCCAUCCGAAAUUUUUGCAUCGUGAUUUUAAUUUCAGGAGGUUAAAUUAUGGCAAUAAGACACAUGUUAAUGUGACCGUUACUGUGACUGAAGAUAACAAAGCUGUAAUAAACAUAGCACUGGACAGAUCGGAUAGGAGUUAUUAUGCCUGUGAUGCAGGGUGUUUGGACGAACCUGUGUUACUGGGACAAAGUCGAAAGCAAUUUCCAGUCAAAUUGACGGAGCCCAUUACAGCAAUCCUGUAUAUAACAGCCGAUAAGCAACACAUGGAGGAACUCCACAAAGCAAUUCAUGUGAAAGAAGUAGCAGAAGCUCCCGCCCACGAACAUCAUGUCAUAGCUCUGCAUAAACACGGUCAUCAUUUAGGUGGCCUACCAACUCUGUUUUGGGUAUCAAUCUGUGCAAUAAUAGUAGUUUUUCAUAUAUUCCUAUGUAAACUUAUUAUCAAAGAAUAUUGUGAGCCAUCGGACAAACUACGAUAUCGAUACAAUAAACCGUGAUUUUAGGUGACUAAUAAAUUGAAAAAAUAAAUAAAUAUUAUUUGUAAAUUUUGUUUAGCCUUAAAUUAAAUAAAUGUGCGUAUUUGUUGUUAGAGAAUGAUAAAAAAAACAAAGACUUAGGAAAAACGGUUUCGCGAAUUCCUAAACGAAACGAAAAUUAAGUAAUGCAAAAAAUGAUCGAUUAAUGAUUUAUUUAAGUAUAAAAUUUUAAAAUAUUGUUACGUAUUAUGUAUUGUAAAUUACGAUAAAAAAUAUAAAUAUUACUUUAAAAAAUA